CGCGGCGGAGGGAUACCGCGCACCGUAUAUAUAUCGCGGCACACAGGCUCGCGCUACGGCAGUGGUGCUGGGAGUCUCGUGUCCGUGGUGCCGUUACUCGCAGUCGGGCGGCGGCUGAGGCUCAGCGCACAACGCAGGUAGCGCGUUAGCAGCAGCAGCGGAGGCAUCUCGGCGGUCACAGCCCCUGCGCUGGUGCAGCCACCCUCGCCUGCUCCGCUCUUCCUUCCUUCGCUCGCACCAUGGCUGAUCAGCUGACUGAAGAACAGAUUGCUGAAUUCAAGGAAGCUUUCUCCCUAUUUGAUAAAGAUGGGGACGGCACCAUCACAACAAAGGAGCUGGGGACUGUCAUGCGGUCACUGGGUCAGAACCCAACAGAGGCUGAACUGCAGGAUAUGAUCAACGAGGUGGAUGCCGACGGGAAUGGCACCAUUGACUUCCCAGAGUUCUUGACUAUGAUGGCUAGAAAAAUGAAAGACACAGAUAGCGAAGAAGAAAUCCGUGAGGCAUUCCGAGUCUUUGACAAGGAUGGCAAUGGCUACAUCAGUGCGGCAGAACUGCGCCACGUCAUGACAAACCUCGGGGAAAAGCUAACAGAUGAAGAAGUAGACGAAAUGAUCAGAGAAGCAGAUAUUGAUGGAGACGGACAGGUCAACUAUGAAGGUAAAGGCCUGGUUUUCCGUAGCCUUCAGGUCGUUACAGCAAGUUAGCAGCCGCUGUGGAUGCUUACCAGGGUAUUGUACACGGUAGCUGUGUUCAUUCGAGCCUUUGCAAAUACUGAAACGUUAUGGUUGUUUGUCUUUUCAGAAUUCGUACAGAUGAUGACUGCAAAAUGAAGACCUACUUUCAACUACUUUCCCCCUCUAGAAGAAUCAAAUUGAAAUCUUUUACUUACCUCUUACAAAAAAAAAAAAAGAAAAAAGAAAAAAGUUCAUUUCUUCAUUCUGUUUGUAUCUAGCAAAACUGAAUGUCAAAAGUACCUUCUGUCCACACACAAAAUCUGCAUGUAUUGGUUGGUGGUCCUGCCCCCUAAAGAUCAAGCCCCCUACAUGAGUUUUACAGUAUAAAUACUCGUACUACCUUAUAAGGAAGCACUUAGUGGACUCCUUCAAGUUCCAUUUGCUAAUGAUUAACACACUGUCUGGGCUGGCCAGUUUCUCAUGCAUGCAGCUUGGUGAUUGAGCACAGUCAGGCCUUUGUAUUAAAACUGAAAAAUGGAAAAAACAAAUUCAAACUCUCAGAUGGCUUCUAGUUCAAUCUGUUCAGAUAAAUGUCAGCAGCCAGUUUACCGCAAACAAACAUUUAAAAUUGGUUUACCUCAGGAUGAUGUGCAGGAAACGGGUGAAGGCUAAACUUUGAGACACAGCCCUAGAUGUAGGACAGUCCUCUUCAAGUGCCCCAAUCCCAUGGUGACAGUGACACCCUGGUGGCGAGCCCGAGUGUGAUGGUUCACCGCUGUGCACAUUGCAUUGGAGUGAAGUGAACAAGGCUGUCACCAAAUCACACACGUUUUAAUAAGAAAUGUUUACUAAGGGAGCAUCUUUGGACUCUCUGUUUUAAAACCUUGUGAACCAUGACUCGGAGCCAGCAGAGUAGGCUGUGUCUGUGGACUUGAGCACACCAUCAACAUUGCUGUUCAGGAAAUUAUAAUUUACGUCCAUUCCAAGUUGUAAAUGCUAGUCUUUUAUUUUUUUUUUCCAAUAAAAAGACCAUUAACUUAAAAGUGGUGUUAAAUGGUUUGUAAAGCUGAGCUUGGAAGGGGGACAAGGCCGUUGGAGGGGAGGUCAGCGGACAUAGAAACACCCAACGUCCAGUACAAGCUGAAUUUCCCGCCCAGGUUCUCUAGCAUCAACCCCUGAAACCAGACAGAUUCUUUGUCAUCUACGACCAUGUAAGUCUAGUUAUUCAAAUCUGCGCGCAUGCGCAAAUCAUGGUGAAUUGAUACUUGGAGUAGAGCCCUAGUGAAGGAAGGCCUCAAGCAUUCAGUAAGGAUGUCUUGGCUGUGCUGCUGCUGACCUGUUGAAGUACAUGAGGCCAUCUGUGCAGGAGACAUGAUUUAGUGUGUGUGUAAUCCUAUACUCACUGUGUCUGGUGGAAGCAGGCCAGUCAAAGACACUACCUUUGAUUCAGUUUAAUUUAUGGUUAUACUUAACUUUAGCCUUUUUUAUUAUUUAAGUUCACUGCUUUUUCUCCCCCUAAGUAGAGUUAAUGCUUAACACUGUCUUGAAAGCAAAACAAUAUCCCAGAAUGAAUUUUGUGUCUUAAUUACGAACCUGUAACCAAAACGUAGAUGUGCUGGUACUGGUCCCUUAGCCCAAGGCACUGGGCUAUUUAAAAAGUCCCCCUUAGAAGUGUGUUGCAUUUAAAACAAGGGCCUUGUACAUUUUUCAGGGUGUUAACUGGCUGUAUCUGAUUAAUAAGGAGUGUUGGCUUCCAAAUUCGGGGGUGGCAGGGAGCUGGCAGGCUUGUAGCAAGGCAAUGAGAAGCCCUUGGCAACCACACGGGUGCACUCGGGGUAACCUACAGACCCCUGGUUGCUCCUUCUCCUGCUCCCUGUCUUUCUGGCGUUUUGUAGCUCCUUAGAAUUUUUUUCUUUUCUGCCAGAGGGAUGGGUCAGAGCAGUAGAGAGGAAGACAUUGCCUGAGCGCUUCUGCUCAUCUUUGGACUGGGUGGUUGGCAGACAGGUCGAUGGGUGGUAAAUUGACUUCAGUAUCGGACUCAGUAGGUAUUCCCUUUUGGUAGAGAGGACUGAGGGCUCCAGGUGUGAAGUGAAUGGCCGUGGAUAUGUUGUGUAAGAGGAUUAAGUCGCCCAGUCGAUGACCCAGUCUCAGGCUUGUGGUCUGUUACCUCUUGGUAGUUUCAAAGGGGGUCGGAGGUGGCUUUUUAAAAACAAUUUACCCCCUAUCUUUAACCAUUUACCAAGUCUGUAGAAGCUGGGUAGACAAUAUUUUAGCAGCUCCGUAGCCUGUCCUAAAAGGUUACCUUCUAAACAGGAUUCUUGUGUGGCCAGGGAUCCUGCAUGGGAACCGGAAACCCCUAACCCCCGGGGAGUGGGAAGCAGGAGUUUGGAACUGUAGGAGGCAGAGUCCCCCCACCUCCUCAGCCUUCUGGCAUCCAGGGGCACAAGCAGCCCAGGGCUUGGUGUUGGCAGUCUGAGUUCGUGAGGUAGAAAGAGUGGGGUGUCAAGGCAGUACCCCUGAAGGUGGAUAGUACUUUCCUGUACACUGUCCCUCACUUAUAACUACUCUAUAAAUAUAUGCAUAUAUUUAUAUAAAUAUAUAUAUAUAAAGUGACUGGUUAGCUGGCAUCCUGCUUUAGCCUGAGACUUGCCCUAAGAAACUGCUGAGCCCUUGGUAAACGUCUACACAGUAAGUUUUUCUGUCUGUUGGGGGGAGCUGUUGAACAAGGCAGACAUCUUGAUAGUUCAGAUGGGCUUUAAUGUACUGUUGCCAGGGAAGGCUUUUUCUGGUUUUUUGACAAAUUUUUGCACACUUCAAUUGGUGUCUCUGAGCAACUUUAACACAUUGAAGAUGAGGUAUUGUACAUAUUUUUAUAUUCUCUUUAUAAGUGCAUGUCUCCAACUUGUAACCAAUAUUGUACGGAAUGGCUGUCCAGUAGGCCUAGUGUUUCUGUCACACGAGAGGGAUAGCAUCUACCAUUCACCCCUCAGCAUCCUGGGAGCUUCUUCUUGAAUGAAGACUGUAAAUUUGGUCAAGUCAACUCUUAGUUCGGUUUCCUUAACCAUUUGAAUGAUUGACUGUGUGUCCUGCGUGUAUUUCUCUUUGGCAGCGACCAGAGUUACACUGAUGUGUCUCAACCGACCCACUCGGCGGGCAACCACCUAUUUAUUUUCUUCAACACCCCUUGAAGUUGUCCAGUAGGAGACAGAUUAUUUGCUCUCUCUCCCCUUGAGUUAGAAAUCAGGGAUGUGUGCUCUUCCCCUAGACCUGCAAUGUUCAUUAAACACCUAUAGCAAGGAUGGUGGUGGUCCUUCUGUUACCGAAGUCACCCUUCACUGUGGCUGUCUGAAAAGGAGAUGUACUUGGACGUUGUGUAAAUCUUGAGAUAAACUGUCUUGGAGAUUUAACCACCUCUCUGACGGGGGACCAACUCUAUGGAAACUGUAAAUAAGUUUUAUUUAUAAACCUGGCACUGUAUUCAAUAAACAUUUCUGCAGCCUUUCAUCUCUUAA